AGUUUCGGAUGUCUUCAUCAGUGGCGCCACCGGCGCUUGAAGGAUUUUGUGCUGGCUGUUUCAACUUUCCAGUUUCCGAAAUAUUCUGUCCUCAAGUUUCUCGCGUGACAAGCAAAAACAAGGCAUAUUUCCUGGAGACUCGAAGACAUGGGGUCGUCAGGAAGCACUCGGAGGGUGACCAUCGUCAACGAGAACUCCCCAGAUGUCAUCAAGAUCUCGGACUCCGUGGUGAAGCGGCUGAAGGGUGAAUCCGAAGCGAUCACCGCCUCGAGCGCGCCUCGAACCACGGCCAGCGCUCCGUAUGACACGCGAGGCAGCGGUGACGUGAUGCAGACCAGAAAGCUGUACCACGAAGAGCUGAAAAAAGUGGACGACGCGUGGAGGGAGCGACUCGCCGAGGUCGAGCGACAGAACCAAGAGCUCUACAAGCUGGCGACCGACAAGUUCGCCGGCGCCGUCAACGAAGUCGAGCAGAAGUACAUGAAGCACAAGUGCGUGGCCAUUUGCGAGGAACAACAGCAUAAAGUGUUGGAGUGCUACCAGAAAAAUCAGCACGCCCCGCUGAACUGUUCCAAGGUAGUGGACGCCUUCACGAAGUGUGUUCACCAAGCGAGGAAAAACAUCAUCACUCAGUAGCGUUCGCGACGUCCGACAUUUAAGUUGUCGGGAUGUGUCGAGUUUCUUGGCGUUUCGUUGUCUCUGGGACAGCGUAGCAGUUAAUAUAGUUGAAUAAAUGAUAUACCGGGCA